AGAGGGCCGGGGGUACACUGUAAACUUCAACUUUUCUCUGGGAAGUUACUUCUUCCACGAAAGGAAGGGCAAAACCCUGAUUGCAGAAGAGUUUCCUACUGUGUCAGGGGCCAAGUUCACAAUCUCAGUUUCUCUCUGCACUCACAGCUGACACCACCCCUACUCUGAGGCAUGAACACCAUUUUCUUGAACUGAAUCCUCCCACCAAGAGAAUUCAGAAUCCAUGAGCUGAACCUUACCCUGUGAAAAACGUUUCAAUGUCAUCAUGAAGUUCAAUCUCCUCUGGGCUUUCUUAAGCCUGCCUGUUGCACUUGCUUUUAAUCCAGACUUCGUAGGUGAUGUCACACCUCCCUACCUGGUCUACUUGAAAUCUGAUUACCUGCCCUGCACAGGAGUCCUGAUUCACCCCCUUUGGGUGAUCACUGCUGCACACUGCAAUUUACCGAGGGCCCAGGUGAUGCUGGGUGCUACAAACCCAUCAAACACCAGUGAAGAGAAUGUGCAAGUGGUUGGCUACGAGAAGAUGAUUCAUCACUCGCAAUAUUUAAUCUCUUCUAUGGAAUAUGAUCUCAUGUUAAUCAAGCUGAACAAAGUGACUGAACUCAAUGACUAUGUGAAAGUGGUCAACCUGCCCAGCCAAGCUGUUCCAGUAAAUGAGAGGUGUGCUGUCUCCACCUGGGCCUACAACACAUGUGAUACGGCCAAGGACCCUGACAUGAUGCAGACUGUACAAGUCUCUGUAAUCUCCCAGACUGAGUGUCAGAAUGGCUAUCCAGGCUACAACAUCAAUAAUAAUAUGAUCUGUGUGGGCAUCGUGCCAGGAAGGAGGCUACCUUGCAAGGAAGUCUCCUCUGUCCCUGCAGUCUGCCAUGGGGUACUUUAUGGAAUCCUGUCUUAUGCAGAUGGGUGCAUUUUGAGAGCUGAUGUUGGCAUCUAUACUAGUAUCUUUCACUACAUUCCCUGGAUUAAAAAUACAAUUCAGAACAAUUGAGUUCAUGUGGCCAGAAUUCUGGGCCAUGUGACAGCCCGUACCCAUGUCCAGCCUCACAAUAAACUAAGGCACUCCUUGUGCCUUGUGCAUCUGCUCAUUCUGAUGGACAGAGUCAGUGAGUGAUUA